UCCCCCCGCCCGCCGCUCCCGGGGCUCUCCCCGCUGCUUCCUCCCGCUUUUGGGGGCUCCCUCCCGCUGUUGGGGGCUUCUUCCCGGCUCGUCCCGGCGGCGGGGGACGCGGGGAGAGCGGCGGCUGCGCGCCGGCGGAGGUAGGAGGCGAGCGGCGGCCGCCCCCCCUCAGCAGUGAGGGCUGAGGGGAACGCGCGUAAUGGCGGCUGUGGGGGGGGCGGCUGAGGGGCCCUCAUGAGGAGCUUCGGGCUGUGGGUGUUUGUUGUUUUUUUUUUUUUUUUACCCAUUCUCCUUUAUUCUUUUAUUUUCUAGUCCUUUUGUCGUUAAUCUUUUAUCUUUUCUCUUUCGGCACGCGGAUAAAGCCGCCCCGUAGCCACCGACCUGCAGCGCAGCCGCAGCCCCGCAAGGGAUUCGCCACAUUUUGUACCCGGCACGGAUUUAAAUCUGGUUUUUAGACGUUUCAGUCUCGGGUUUAAGCGGUUUGAAGCGAGGGAAACGCUGCCCUGGUCCUCUCUCCAUUCCCCUGCACGUCAAACAGCACUCAAAGCCUUAAUUUAAUCCUUACUCAGGCUUCCAAUACAUAAAUUCAGCAUUUUUACGUUAAAACAAUGGAAUGUGGAUGUUGGGAGUUGUAGGUUAAAAUCGAGUCUAAAUAGAGCAAUACCAGCCUCAGGUUGGGUUUGCACCUCAGAACCUGGACGUGACCUCAGGCACCUCCUCGUGGUUUGGUGUCAAAAACGCGGAUUUCCCCUUUUUUGCUGCUUUGAAACGGGAAUAAUUGAGCAGAAUUGGGUAAAAUACCCAAAGAAAAAAAUAUUUUUACGGAAGCUCAGUAGCAUCACGUGGUUUGCAGCAACUUCCUCUUUUGGGGGAUUUAACCUUUUUAAAAAUAUAAUUUAGGCACAGGCUCCUUGGGUAUAUUUUUGUGUUAUUUUAAAUCAGAAAUACAAUGUGGAUUGUUAUUUUAAUUUUUUAAGACUGUUUUUAUAGGGUUGUUUCUAAAAAUAUUUACAUAAAACUUAAUGGGUUUUUUGGCUCAGAAGCCAAACCAGCCCCCCAGAAAUCUCAUUGCAGCCCAGAACUGACGUUUAAAUGUUGUUGGUUUGGGGGUUUUUUUGCUCCUUUCUCUGCUGUGGGAUCCUUCCCUGGGCAUGUAAAACCUUCAGUCAGCUGCUGGGAGGAUCAGAGAGGGUGGAUCUGACAUGAGCUCAUGAUUUUCUUUGGGAUAAGACAUUCCGCAAGGAAAAGGAGUAUCCUGAAUUUAAUGUUUAAUUUCUUUUCCCUAUUUAAAUCUGCCUCUGGGGUGUGGGGAUGGAAGGGACUAGCCCAGCCUAUUCUUCCCCAAAUUCUGCUGCAAUUGAGGAUAUUUAUCCAAGGGUGGGGUUUUCCCAAGGCUUCCAAAACCUGUGUUCCUUCUCUUCCUUCUUUUCCUUCCUCAAUUUGGGAUUUGAGUUGAUUUUUAUGCCACACAAGGAGCUCAUCUGGGUGCUUCCCUUUUAUCUUUCUCUCUUGAAGCUUUGUGUUGUUCUUGGAAAGUUUCGCACCACUUGUGAAUUCCCUGAACCUUGGCCUUGCCAGCCCCCUUGUGUUGGGCCCUCCUCCUUUUCAGCUUGCCCAAAUUAAGACCCACUUGGCUCUCCAGCACUUGGCUGCCAGCGGCGGGCGGGCACCUCCCCACGCUGGCGCCCGCCAGGCAUUGCUGAAAGACGCAAUGUUUAGCCCCAGAGGAACCUUGCCCCCGAGGCCCAGAGGACCCAACCCGUCGGGCAGCAAACCCCCGGGAGGUUUUGGGGCCGGAGGCGCGGCGGGGCCGCCCAGGAAAGCCGCACCCGCGACGCCCCAAGGAGCGCCCCAGAGAUUCUCGGGGCAGGACGGGCUGCAGUGGACGGGUUCGCAGAGGAUCAACGUCCGCGUCACGCUGCACAGGGCCGAUCCCAGGAAGGUCAAGGAGAAGACCGGCCUGCACCAGGAGCAGAAGGGAGAGCCACGCGCCAGUCGCUGGGAUGGCGGCCCCUGCCCCGCCAGCACCGCCGGGCCGAAGCCGCCCGGCCCAGCGCCGGUCUUGGAGCAGAACUCCAACCCCCAGAACCGCUACACGCCUGAAAGCGCCUCCAGCAUUUUAGCGAGCUUCGGGCUGUCCAACGAAGACCUGGAGGAGCUGAGCCGCUACCCCGAUGACCAGCUGACGCCCGAGAACAUGCCACGGAUCCUGCGGGAGAUCCGCAUCCGGAAGAUGGGCCAUGCCAUGUCUGGUCUGCAUGCUCCGAGCCGGGGGGAGGAGCCGGUGGGCGAGAGCAGCGGCACCACCGUCAAGAGCAAAGUGAUCGACUACGGCCACGCCAGCAAGUACGGCUACACCGAGGACCCGCUGGAGAUCCACACCUACAACCCCGAGGCGCUGCCCGAGGAACCGCUGGAAGCGCGCGUCUACAAUCCCGAAAGCUCAGGCGCGGAGAUCCGGGAAGAAUUCCAGCGGGAGCAGAGCGUGCCGGUGGCCGUCCCGCCGCCCAACGUGCCGUGCAGCCCCGUGUUCCCGGCCGAAGACCUCAUCAAGCUGCCGGCUUUCCCCACUGACUCCUCUCCCACUCCGUCGUUUUUCCCGGCCGAGCCGCCGGCCAAGGUGCCGGUGCUGUGCAGCACUGCGCCCACCGCGCUGCCGGUGGUGAAGCCGGUGUCCCAGCCGCCCAUGCCGCCGGUGCUGCCGCCCAUACUGCCGGCGCUGCUGCCCACGCCGCUGCCGCAGCCCAUGCUGCCCCCGGUGAUGCCGCCGCUGGUCCAGCCGCCUGUGUCCCAGCACGUGUUGCCACCCUUGACGCCGCCGCCCUUCUCGGCCGGGCUCCUGGCCGCCAUCAGCCAGCACGAGCAGAAGCAGCGCGACGCCGGCAGCGCCCAUCCCGGGCCCAGCACUGCCGGCGGGACCUCGGCGGGACACAAACCCUACCACAAACCCUUCCACCCACCGGCACAGGAGCCCAUCAAAUCCCCGUUCGGGGUGGUGAAGGCGUCCUGGCUGCCCGUGUUCCCCGACCAGAAGAGCAAACGCCUGCCCACCCCGUCCAUGAUGAACGACUACUAUGCCACGUCGCCGCGAAUAUUCCCACAUUUGUGUUCUCUGUGUAACCUUGAAUGCACUCAUAUGAAGGAUUGGAUCCUGCACCAGAACAACCCCGCCCACCUCGAGAGCUGCCGCAGGCUGCGCCAACAGUAUCCCGAGUGGAAUCCUGAGGCUCACUCCUCCAGCAGGCAUGGCGCCGAGCGCAAGGAGAACCGCACCCCGCGCCGCCGCUCGGGCUCGUGCAGCCCGUCCCGCCGCCGCGGCUCGCGCGGCCCCGCGGGCCCCGCCUGCCGCCGCCGCCGCUCGCGCUCGCGCAGCCCCGGCCGCCCGCGCCGGCCCGCCCGCUCGCGCUCCCCGCGGCCGCGGCCCCGCUCGCGCUCCCCGCAGCGGCCCCGCGCCGGGCCCCGGGGCAGCCCCCGGCCCCGCGCAUCGCCCGGCGCCGAGCGCGCCCGCCGCGCCAGCCGCUCCGAAGGUCACCGGGGCACGCCGGGCUGCGGGGGGGGCGCGGGGAGGCGCGGGAAUUCCGGGGGGUUACCGGGCUUGGCUUCAGCCGCAGCGGGGAUUUUGGGAAUGCUCGGUGGGGUUACCGCAGUUUGCUUCAGCCGCAGUGGGGAUUUUGGGAGUUUGCUGGGAUUCACGAUGGUUUUUUCAUCCCUGGUCACAAUUUUGGGAAUGCUCAGUGGGGUUACCAAAGUUUCCUCCACCCCACAGAGGGAAUUUAAAGAGUGCUCUGUGGCAUUCCCAAAGUUUUUUCCACCCCCAGUGGGAAUUUUGGGGAUGCUCGGUGGGGUUACUGGGGUUUGCUUCAGCCGCAGCGGGGAUUUUGGGAGUUUGCUGGGAUUCACGCUGGUUGCUUGAUCCCUGGUCACAAUUUUGGGAAUGUUCAGUGGCGUUUCCGAAGUUUUUUCCACCCCCAAUGGGAAUUUUGGGAAUGCUCAGUGGGAUUCCCAAAGUUUUCUUUACCCCCAGUGGCAAUUUUGGGAAUUCACUGGGAUUCAUGAUGGUUUUUUGAUCCCUGGUCACAAUUUUGGGAAUGCUCAGUGGGGUUACUGAAGUUUCCUCCACCCCACAGAGGGAAUUUAAAGAGUGCUCGGUGGGGUUUCCGAAGUUUUUUCCACCCCCAGUGGGAAUUUUGGGAAUGCUCAGUGGGGUUACCGGAGUUGGCUUCAGCCGCAGUGGGGAUUUUGGGAAUUCACUGGGAUUCAUGAUGGUUUGUUGAUCCCUGGUCAGAAUUUUGGGAAUGCUCACUGGGAUUCCUGUUGGUUUUUCACUCUCAAUGGGAAUUUUGGGAUUGCUCAGUGGCAUUCCCAAAUUUUUCUUUACCCCCAGUGGGAAUUUUGGGAAUUCUCUGUGGGGUUACCAGAGUUUGCUUCAGCUGCAAAGGGAAUUUUGGGAAUUCUCUGGGAUUCACGAUGGUUUUUUGAUCCCUGACCAGAAUUUUGGGAAUGCUCAGUGGGAUUCCCAAUGGGAAUUUUGGGAAUGCUUACUGAGAUUCCUGUUGGUUUUCCACCCCCAGUGGGAAUUUUGGAAAUUCUCUUGGAUUCAUGAUGGUUUUUUGAUCCCUGGUCACAAUUUUGGGAAUUCUCAGUGGGGUUCCCAAAGUUUUUUCCACCCCCAGUGGCAAUUUUGGGAAUUCUCUGGGAUUCACGAUGGUUUUUUGAUCCCUGACCAGAAUUUUGGGAAUGCUCAGUGGGGUUCCCAAAUUUUUCUUUACCCCAGUGGGAAUUUUGGGAAUUCACUGGGAUUCGUGAUGGUUUUUUGAUCCGUGAUCAGAAUUUUGGGAAUACUCAGUGGGAUUCUUGUUGGUUUUUCACUCCCAAUGGGAAUUUUGGGAUUGCUCAGUGGCAUUCCCCAAAUUUUUUCUCAACCCCAGUGGGAAUUUUGGGAAUUCUCUGGGAUUCACGAUGGUUUUUUCAUCCCUGAUCAGACUUUGGGAAUGCUCAGUGGGAUUCCCAAUAGGAAUUUUGGAAUGAUCAAUGGGAUUCUUGUUGGUUUUCCACCCCCAGUGGGAAUUUUGGGAAUGAUCAGUGGGAUUUCCAAAUUUUUUUCCAUCCCCAGUGGGAAUUUUGGUAUUGCUCAGUGGCAUUCCCAAAGUUUUCUUCACCCUCAGUGGGAAUUUUGGGAUUGCUCAGUGGAAAUCCCAAAGUUUGCUUCACCCCCAGUGGAAUUUUGGGAAUUCUCUGGGAUUCACGAUGGUUUUUUGAUCCCUGAUCAGAAUUUUGGGAAUGCUCAAUGGAAUUCCCAAAUUUUCACCCCCAAUUGGAAUUUUAGGAACACUCAGUGGGAUCCCCAAAACCUCUUUAACCCCGGUGGGAAUUCUGGGAUUCCCAGGCCGAUUUUUAGGGAUAAAUGGAAUAACUUGGGAAUGCUCCGAGCAGUAACCGCCCUGUGGGUUCUCCGCAGCCGGCCACUAAUUAAGGACUAAUUAAGGACUAAUUAAGCAGCCUGAGCAGCCAGGAAGGCAGAGGUAGAGGAAGGCUCCGAGCCAGUAAGUACUGAGGGUCAGCCAGGAGCAGGGAAUUCCCAAAGGAUUCCAAAAAAAUUCCAAAAAAAUCCCAUUUUUUUCAAAACAAAUCUUUUUUUUUUUUCCCCAAAAUUCCCCUUUUUUUCCUGGAAAUUCCCAAAAAAAUCCCCAAAAAUUCCCAUUUUUUUCGCCUAAAAUUAAAAAAAAAUCCUAUUUUUUUUCCAUUCCUUCCUAGGAAACCAGGCCAAAUCUUGUUAUUUUUUCCCAUGGAGAAAAAUUCCCAAAAAACUUCUGGUUUUUUUUACCAAAAUACCCCCAAAAAAUCCCAACAAAUUCCUGGGGUUUUCCCAAUAAAUUCCCAUUUUUUCCCCCCAAAAGAAUCCCCAAAAAAAUUCCCAAAAAUUCCUGUUUUUUUUUCAAAAUCCCAAAAAAUCCCAAAAAUUUGUUAGGAUUUCCCCAGAAAAUUCCCAAAAUCUUCCUGUAUUUCCCCCAAAAAUUAAAACAAAAAAAUCCCAAAAAAUUCCUGGGAUCUCCCCAGAAAAUUCCCAAAAUAUUUCUGUGUUUCCCUGAAUUAUUUUUUUAAAUCCCAACAAAUUCCUGGGAUUUUUCCCCAAAAAAAUC